AUGGAUUGCAUCACUUCCUCGGAAAGAUUCUUGGAGGAAUGACCAAUAAGAUCCUCAGAUCUCAUCAUUACAUGGUGUUGCAAUCCCGGGCGAAGGGUGACGACAAUGUCGAAAUCCCGAGGCGGAAUGGCGUGAUGUAAUCCGUUUCGUAUGGCCCGGGGUCAGUUCGGAGAUGAUAUGAAAGCGCGUUUCCGAGGGAUGAUCUGUUCUUUGCUGAAUGACCUGUGUCCUCGACAGAAGCCCCAAUAAGCAUGUCGAAGCUCGUCAGCGCGAUGCUCAACAACCCUACCGGUCGUGUCUUUCUAGACAUAUUUGACUGGUACCCGUCUUAUUUGCCGGUGAAAGAGCGCAAGCUCCUCCGUAAACUCGAUCUCAGCAUUCUUGUCUUUGCCUGUCUAUCUUUCUUCUGCAAGUUCCUAGACCAAAGUAAUAUCACGAAUGCCUACGUCAGUGGGAUGAAGGAGGAUAUAAAGGCGUAUGGAAACGACUUGAACUACUUCAACGUGGCGUUCUUUACAGCUUAUGUCGUGGGUCAGAUCCCAAUGAUGUGGUUUCAGACCAAACCAAGACUGGCUCCAUACUUCCUGCCAACGCUUGAGAUGGUCUGGGCCGUUCUAACGUUCUGCCAAUCAACCGUGACGAAUCCGAAACACGUCUACAUCCUCCGCGCACUGAUCGGUUUCUUCGAAUCGCCAUCCUUCGGAGGGACGCACCUGAUUCUCGGCAGCUGGUACCGUGAAGAAGAGCUCUUCAAGCGCGCGGGAGUCUGGUUCAUGGGUAACUCACUAGGAUCCAUGUUCUCAGGCUACCUCCAAGCCGCUGCGUACAAGAAUCUCAAUGGAGUCAGAGGGCUUGCCGGUUGGAGGUGGCUUUUCAUCAUCGACGGCGUCAUCACCCUUCCCAUCGCUUUCGUUGGCUAUGCCUUGUUUCCUGGCCUACCCAACUCGCCGAAGCGUUGGUUCUUCAGCGAAGAAGAAUACGAGCUAGCGUCCACUCGUUUGCAGAAUGAGCAUGGCAAAGGCGGGACUGACAACGGUAUCACUUGGCAAACGGUGAAGACGACGUUGAGGAGACCCAUGUGGUACAUCUGUGUUUUUGCCUAUAUCUGUAUGAUCAACAGCAGCUAUUGGGUCGGAUACAUGUCUCUGUGGUUAAAGCAUGAGAAGUACCCCAUCACUCUGGUCAACGUAUAUCCUACGUUCGUCAACCUGAUUCAGGCCUUGUCCUCGUGGCUGGGGACGACGUUGGCCAAAUCCCUGGACCUCCGAGGGCUCUGGACGUUCCAAUGGGUCGCAACCUCUUUUGCCGCCAUCUGCUUGUCCAUAUGGACUAUUCCUGUAAGCUUAAAGUUUGUCGCCUUCUACCUGGGUGGCAUCACUGGCAUGUCUAGUCCGAUACUGUACUCAUGGAUCAAUUCGACGCUGCGGCACUCGACUGCCGAAAGAGGCCUCAUCAUCAGUUCCAUGAUGACUUUUGGCUACAGCACGUAUAUCUGGGUUCCACUCUUUACCUUUCCGACUGUUGAGGCUCCGAGGUUCCCGCACGGAUAUCCUGCAUCAGUGGUAUUCAAUUUUGCUCUAUGGGCCAGUGUGAUGGGGGGAAUCUGGUACAUGAGACGAGAACCGGAAAUCACAGAUGUAGAGCAGAGCAGCGAGACGAGUAGCCCAGACUCCGUUUCGGAGAAGACAGAUCUAUCGCCAACAAUAGUGCCAGUGCCAUUGGUUCUUAGAAGUAGCUAA